CUUCUCCGCAAUCCCUCAUUUCGCAGCACAUUUUAUUUCCUUCACUCGUAAUUCAGCAUACCUUUCGGCAAUGAAAUGCAAUGUUUGCAAGAACGCCAAGCAGAGAUACUAUUGCCUUGCCUGCCUCCAGGACCGCAUACGCCAGCACCGCUGGCUCCUAGAGCAAGUCCCGGACGCCUCACUGCAGCACACCGGCACGCACGAGCUGCUCUACGACCACCACACCAUGCAAAUGCGUGGCCACCACCAGCGCAUUUCCGGUCUACGAACGAAAAUAUCUGCCCGUGAGCGACAAAUACAAGAAGCCCAAACACAGCGUGACCUGCUUGCUGCCACCAUCGCCCAGCGGCGCGCACAGCUUUUAGAUGCCACGAAGAGCAGCCGAACGCACCUUGCCGUCGAAUUGCAGCAGGCAGCAGAUGGCGAACAGAAGAUGGCGGCAAGGAACCAGAAGGUCCAGUUGAUGCUACGCAAAGACAGACUCAUCCUAGCCAAUGCACUGUGUGACAUUGUCGGCCUGCAGCUCGAUGAACCAGCAGACGACAUCUACGUGCUGCUAGGUGAAGGAGAUAGGCUGUUCGGGCUGCCAUGGCCGCGCCGUGAGGACUGGGCAAAAUAUCCGAAUGACUACAUCAAUGCGUGCGUCGGCCAUGUCAUACAUAUAUUCAGCGUGCUGACGCACUACAUGCAUAUAGACUUGCCAUUCCUUGUGUCGAAGCGCGGACCCAGCCUGGUGAUUCGUCCGCACUGGCGCCAUGUCGAUGCACAAGAAGCCACCCUGACAAUCGCCGAUAGCAAUCUCACCAGCUUCAUUGCCGGUCUGGCCAUGCUAUUUUACGACAUUGCCUACGUGUGCCACUGCCAGGGCGUGAGAGUCGCGCUAGAGCAGGUCACAGACGCAGUGCGGAAUUUGCGCCGGGCUGUGGUGGCUCUCGGCGACAACGAUAAUGAUGGAGCGGAGCUGUUUGGGAUGGAUUUGUAUGAUAUCGUCGAGGUCAUUAUGCGCAUGUACACGGAAAGUGGGAGAGAGAAUGAGGAUGUAUUGAAGCCGCAGGUGCAUGAGACCCUGAGGCAAUUGCAUGUAUGCGACGAUGCAGUCGAUAAUGUCGAGUAUGAAGAUGAGAAUUGGGCAAUUGUGUGAGCUGUAUAUACGAAUAUUAAUUAUGAAAAUCAUUAAAAUGAUGCGACACAUGACAUCACAGCUGAUUUAACUGCACACUGGUAUAUGAACGUACUGUGUGGUUUUCAAGGGGGAGACAUGGUGUGGCAAACACCUAGUUUCAUCACAUUUCAACGAUCGUCCAAUUAAAUGCGCCAUUACAUAGUAUACCAUACAUUACUCGUUAUUUGGAUAGUUAUCUAAUAUAUAUCGCAAAGGCCCUUGCGGACAACAGAAGCAAAAAA